UCAGAAUUUAGUUGGCUAAAACUAAGUGGCGCAGCUGGAACUUUUUCGCAACAAUUAGUGGCCUGCACAGGCUGCGAAUUUGUAGAGCGAAAACCAAAUUAAACAUAGAACAACAAAAUUUUAAUUGGCAAAAAAGUGAAGGAUUAAAUUCCAAACCAAAUAUAAUGAAGCCCAAGAAAGGCGCAUUUGUCAACUCCUCGUCGGGUUAUGGCAAAUCGAGGAACAGCUAUCGCAAUAAUGCGGGCAAGCAGGAGGAGACCGACGCCAAGUUGGAGGAGAAGUUGAAGGCAGAUAAGGCCAAAGAGUUGCACGCGGAGCACGAUUUGAACUCCGGUUUUGGUGAUUACUUGCGUUCACCGGAAGCUGUGGAGAUAAUGAAGCUAUUUGUUUUUGCCAAUACCAUCAUGCUAAUUGUUACAAUGGCUUGGCCGAAUUUGAAAGAGCACUACUACAUGUUGAGGGAAUGGUUGGAGACUUGGCAAGUGGCGCAGUAAUUUGAGAAAAUAACCACUAUAAAGUAGAAGAAAAAGAAACAGAAAAUAAUGAAUAUAAUCAAAAUAAAUAUAUAUAUAUAAACAUAUUCGUACAAGCUUAAAGAGAGCAGUAAGAAACAUACAUACAUAUAUCAAAAAAUA